AUGUCGCUGUCCGAGCCGCCGAGGACGUCCGCAGCUCCUCGACCUCCGGAUCAGAGGCACCCGUACCCUCCUCCUCCAGGCGAUAAAACCCGGCUCCCAAGAGAGCUUCAGACAACCUUGCCCCCAAUGUCAUCACUCCUGCCAACGCAUGAACGUACCGGGCCAGGACCAGCAGCGCAGAAACCCCCAUAUCCCCCACGACCGUUUCCAUUAGAACAAUCCAAUCACCCUCUAUGGCUCAGUGAGUUGGAUCCCGCCGAGCCUGUACGCCAUAUAUAUCACCCUGCACAACCGCCUCCGACCUCACACAGCUCUUUUUAUCGAGCCGAACCUUUCCUAGUGCCCACCUCACCUCUUCCGGAUUUGGAGGCUCCACGCCGAGUCAAGACACCAAUUCCCCAACGACGACAAAUUAGGAAGAUACUCCAAAGACGGCCUGAAUCACCAAAGGCUGCUGCAUUGGAUGGGGGUUCCUCAUCGUCGCCGCCCAUCGUAUCAAACGCGCCGUACAACAUCCCCCCUCCCCCGCCGACAAAAUCACAAACCGCAUCCAAGCUGCAGAAUAAGAAGCAACCACCGCAUAACAAUCCGACCUCCACAUCAUCUGAAUCUCAAACCUCCAAGUCCAUGCAGAUAUCAGGGUUAUUGAGCGACGGGCCCAGGUCUGCCCAUCCACCUCUUGUGUGCAAUGUUCAAGCUAACUCUGUCAGCCCUCGGCCUCCUAGUUCGCCACCCCGAUAUACCAUACGGAUGCGACAACAACCCAUUGCCGCACGCGCAUGCGGAUUUGGUGAAAGAGACCGCCGAGUAAUAGACCCACCUCCGAUCCUCCAGAUGACUAUCGAAGAUUCGACAGCAUCGCCUGACGAGAUGCGAGCAAUGCUACGGCAGCCAUGUGCUGUGGUCCAUUGCACGCUGUGGGAUCCGGUCGCCAAUAAGGAUGACACUGCCAUGCCAGGGACAACGGAUAAGAGGCAACAGAGGAGGCUGAUGGGCACGCUGGUAUCUUCUCCAUUUGUCGGAAAGGACGAAUAUGAUGUCGAGGGCUGCUUCUUUACCUUCCCCGAUCUAUCGGUUCGAACUCCAGGGACGUACAGUCUACGGUUUAGCUUGAUGAUCAUUGAUCCGCAACGGAUGCGCAUGGGACAUUCCGUACCGGUCAGUUGGGUAGUGUAUAGUGAUCCAUUUCACGUAUACAAUGCCAAAGACUUCGGUGGCAUGAGGGCGAGCACUGAGUUGACGAAGAAGCUUAAGCAUCAAGGGUGUCUUAUCAGCGUGAAGAAAGGAAAUGCCAAGUCGAGUUCUAGGGACGACGAUGAUGAUGAUGACGACGAUGAUGGGGAUGAAGAGGCCGAGGACAAGAAUUCAAAAAGACCAUCAAAACGCACCAAGAGAUGA